AUGGCAGUUGCUCUCCGAAACGCUGCCCGAUUGAAGCCAGAGAUUCAACUGUCGCAGGCGCUGCACGAUUUUGAGGCAAUCCUCGACCAGGAUCAGAUGGCCCAACUCGAUGAGUUCAAGAAGGAGUUGCCGCCGGGCGCGGGCGCUCCUCUCGCCUUCACCAGCUUCCUUGAUCGCAGUCUGCAAAGUCGGUGCAAUCGGCGUUGCAUGGGCCCUAGAGUGAUUAAUCUGCUGCAGAGCGCGCAACAAUUCUCGACAGUUAUAGACGUCGUCGUUGGAGGUACCCAGAGUCUUCUUGCAAGCUCAGUGUGGGGUAUACUGAAACUUUCGUUACAAAUCGGUUCCAAUUACUCCCAGUACUAUGACAAGCUAUCGUUGCUUUUGAUGGACAUUGGACGGACUUGUCCCCAGUAUCAACAGUUUGGGUCACUAUUCGCCGAGUCAAAGGGCUUGCAACGAGCUCUAUGCGAGUACUUUGCUGCCGUCAUCGGCCUAUGCAAGCAUAUUGUUAUCUUCUCGCGCAAGACAUUCAUUGCUCAGCUGCCAAAGUUAGUCCUUCCAUUCGAUGCAGCUUUUUCAGAUAUCCAGACAAGUCUUCGCCAAUUAUCCACCGCGGUUCGGGAUGAAGUCGCCUUGGCUUCGAGCAAGCACCAGAAGCAUGAGUGUAGCUUGAACGCAGAUGAACGACAGAAGAACGCUCGGUUUCGAGCACUGGCGACAAUGUUCAGGGACCAAAGUCUCGCAGAAGCCCGGCGUACAAACAAACACUACCUCCAACAAUUAAGGUCAGAUUUCUUGGGUAGACUGUCCAACUACGACCACGUGACGGCUUGGAAACAAUCUCGAAGCAAAGGUACUGUCAAGUGGAUUUUAGAGGAAGAUGCAUACAGUCAGUGGAAGACGGCCUUUUCUUCUGGGAUACUACAGCUAGUUGGGAAUUUGGGAUCGGGUAAAACCGUGCUGAUGGCCAAUGUUGUAGCCGAUCUGGUACUUCAGAAUCACGUCACCAUCAGCUAUUUCUUUUGUAGAUUUGACGAUGCUGCGUCCCUGAAUGCGAGGACGGUCAUCGGCAGCUUGGCGAGACAGCUACUCUUGGACGUGGCAUUCCAGGUGUCGGAGUCCCAUUCAAACGCGAUGGAUGUUGAUGGGGUGGUUGGAUUCCUACUGGAGGUUCUCCCAUUAAAGAGCGGGCGAAGCAAUAUCAUAUGUCUCGAUGGUAUCGACGAAUGCGUGGAAAGUGAAAGACUUCUGGUCCUCUCGGCGCUCGAGCGCUUGUCCGGCGUGCCGAAGUUGAACCUCAAAAUCAUUUAUAGCACAAGGGCCGACACUCAGCAAGCUGCCGGGCAAAUACUGACCCCCUACGAAACGAUUUUCAUGUCUGGCAUAGAUAUGAGGGCCGAGAUUUCCGAAUACAUUCAGACUAGCCUAGAAGAACGACUUGAGAGGAAGCAAUUGACGUUGGGUGAUCCUAACCUGAUCCUACGUAUCCAAGAGGAAUUGGAAAGAAGAGCCAAUGGCAUGUAUCUAUGGGUCUACCUCCAAUUAGAGUCAUUAUGUGAACAGGAAACUGAUCGGGAUAUUGUUCAGACGCUAGAAGAUCUGCCUAGGAAUAUGCACGAGACGUAUACCAGGAUUCUUUCGCGCAUAAAGGGCCGUGUGUCACUGACUCAAAAAAUAUUCGAAACCAUCACAGUCGCUCAGCGACCUUUGUCGACCGAAGAAUUGCGUGAGGUUCUCGCGGUUGAGCCAGGAAAGCUUACUUUCAAGGCAGGUAGCCUAGUCAACAGAAUCUUGAAGACUUUAGCUCAAUGCGGCGGUAGUCUUUUGGUCGUGGACGAAGAAGACUCUACCGUGCGAUUUGUGCAUGAAUCAGUUCGCCAGUUCCUCACAGGCGGGAUCAAAGAAGAGUCCGACAUUGCGCAGUACUAUAUCGACACCCAAAAAGCCAUCCUUGAUUUGGGUAUAAGCUGCGUGACGUACCUCAAUCUGGGCAUUUUCAAUACCCAAUUGUCCAAAGCCUGCAAUUCAGCGCCUUGGCAGGGAAUUUCUCCAAUGAAAAUCAUCAAGAACAGCCUUGCAAAGGAUAGCAUGAGCAUGAACCUAGCCUUGAGUCUGCUCAGAGGUGGAAAGGGCACCAAUUGUGACGUUGGAAAACAGCUGGAGCGAGUCGCUGCUCUUGCGAAUCCGGCAACAGAGCUGACUUAUGUCUUUCUACCAUAUGCCAAGGCAUAUGUCCUCACACAUACUAAGGGACUUCUUGCCUGUGAUGCUGAGCUUGAUUCUAUGUUUUACAAAAUCUUCAAUGGUUACCUCCCACACGUACCCAAACCAUGGGCCGAUGAAGAGGGUGAAACGUUGGGCAACAAUGCAAUAUCCUGGGCCGUUGACCACAAUCAUCUUGGUCUUGUCUAUCGAAUUCUUCGAUCCAAUGCAUCUGGAGGAGAGCAAGGUAGCCUCGGUCCUGCGGGAAAGUUCAAGAAUGUUCCUGAAACAGUGCUUGACAAUCUGCUCAGCUUGGGAUUUACUCGUCAAAGGAUGGAGGUAGUCCACCUUAUUCUCAAUACAGUAUACAUGGAGCGUGACUUCAUGAUGGCUUUGCUGACACAAACAAUCGCUUGUGGCAAUACACUGCUAGCGGAAUGGAAGCGAAAUGUUAACCUGGCGGAAAUCAAAAUAUCUCUCGAGUUCCUUGAAACAGGCCAAACAGCACGCUACGAUAUCAAGUUGAAGCCCAUGGUGAUGAGAUACCGGGAUUACGGACUUUACACGGUGGAAGUAGAUGAAGCUUGGGACCCUUUCGCGCUCGCAGCUGCGUCCAAUAACGUAGCGGCAGUCGACCUAAUGAUGAUGAACGGAGAAGGAAUAUCUGGACACCUCGAUGCCACGAAGAAGGCUCGGGUUCUGCGGAUUCUGCUUCGUGGUUUACGCGAGGCCGCUUGCCGUAGCCACGUCACUAUGUUCAAACACCUCCUCUUCACAUUCCCUCUCCACUUAUACCGACAAGAAGACUCAGAAGUUUCAGACGCCGAAUACGAUGAAUACAAAUGGACACCCCUCCAUUAUGCCGCAACUUUACCAGACUCGACAGUCUACCAAUCUUUACGCGACGAAUACUACAAUUCGAAAGCUUUUAACCCUGACACACUUUUAACUGAGAUCCUUUCUCUGCCAAAAGGGCAGACCAUACCGGUUUUGAAGUUUGAUCCGACCGAGAAAGAGGUUGCGAACUUCUCGGAGGAGGAACAGGACGAAGAAAUGCAGCGGGAAGUCCCUACGGAGACGUUGCAGCCAGCACCAGGUCGACCUCGUUGGAGGUUAUUUCCCCGUCGUGCAGUAAGGAACGAUCAUGAAGUAAGGGACGGUGAUAAAUUAACAAACAGGAUUAGAGAACAACCACCACCUUCUCCGCCAUUAUUCUCUUCGUCAAUUUACCUACAGUCAUUGCCACGUUUUGAGCUACAGUCAUCGCCAGUUUUUGAGCUGCCUACAUUAUUAUACUUUAAUGCAGAUAGCGCAUCGCCAACGACCGUGCCGAGGAGCCCAGCUGCAGAAAGUGCAGUCGAGCCACCCAGUGGAAGAGAGAAUGACGUCAUCAGUCCGUCAUUGGGCAGAGCGGCCUUUGGCGAUAAUAAAGAUGGCCCACGUAUCUUUAGUACCCUGUCGAAGCGACACUCCAUGCCAUUACGGUUCAGCAUACACGCCUCCAGGCCGGACAAUAUUCAACAAAACGACUUUCAAGCGCAAGCACUGCACGCCCUGAGCAAGGCGCUCGAAGCACAAGCAGCUCUCACCCGCGCUUCUUCUCCGUCUACCGCGAACGGUAAGCCCGGGUGGUGGUGGUGGUGGUGGGAGAAUCCUCAGCUCAUGUUCUUGAUGUUCGUGCUGUGGCCGUCAAUCCUGGUCUGCUGCUGCUGCUGCUGCUGCUGCUUGUUGGUCUACAUGAUGCUGCAAAGACCAGAGCAGAGCGGGCAGGGAAACGGACAGUGUGUUUGGGAUGGUAUGGAUCUUUGA